AUGAUACAUCCUACAAUCAUUCAUUAUUGCAACAUGAAAGUUAUGGGUGCGAUGGAUGCGAUGGCUGCUAAAUGCAACGAUGCUGCUUUUGGACCUGUCGUCGCCUCUGCUGCUUGUCGCGGAGGAUUCGACUUUACUGUGAAAUUCGAAGAAUCAACUCUGUCCAUCCUGCCUUCGAGCUUAUUCAUUGUUGUCGCGGCCGCUCAAUGUGUACGACUUCUGCGACAUAAGUCUCUCAAAGUUCGGCCGUCAUUGCUCCUAAUAGCCAAACUUGGAACUAUCGCGACGUAUAGCAGCAUUCUUCUUGCGAUCCUGGUGCAAAAGUCCCUCGAAGUUUCCGAGACCUCACAGGUUGCCAUUGCUUCUGCAGCCAUCGGUCUCGUUACGGCGAUCGCUCUCGGCGUGUUGUCUAUUCUAGAGCACAGGAACACCUCGAGACCGUCGUUUCUAAUUUCCAUCUUUCUUUUUCUUUCUAUUCUUUUCGAUAUUGUUCGAACCCGUACGGCUUGGCUUGGAAGCGAAGCUCGCGCCCUAGCCGGAACCACGACAGCGGCUGUCGUCCUCAAAUUGGCUAUUCUAGCACUUGAAACAGUCAAUAAGCGGAGCAUUCUGCUAGAAGCAUACACGAAAUUAUCAAAAGAAGCAACGAGUGGCUUACUUAGCCGUGGCCUGUUUCUAUGGCUGGCUUCUCUUCUCGUUCAGGGGUCGAAGAAAGCCCUAACGUUGAAAGAUUUGUUUGACAUCCACGAGAAGCUUGACCCGCACAAUCUGACACAAGAGCUAUCGAAGCAAUGGAAUAAAAGUGACCGCCACCGGCGCCACGGACUAGCCAUUGCCACCCUCUGGGCUUGGAAAACCGAGCUUGCCAAAGUUGCAAUUCCACGUCUCAUGGUAGUUGCUUUGAAUAUAUCUCAGCCGUUCAUUAUCGCAGCCAUUAUCGACAAUACACUCGCUCCUGAUUCCCCGGAAAUCCGAAGUCAAGGUCACGGCUUGAUUGGCGCGGUAGCGCUGUCGUAUUUUGCAACUGCUAUUAUUACAGGAUUCUACCAGCAUUUGGCAUUUCGCUUAAUGGCCAUGACAAGAGGCGGCCUUAUUGGUCUGAUUUACACAAAAUUGACCAGAUCUCGCGCAGGUGCUGCCGAGAAUAGAGAUUCGGCCGUCAUAACGUUGAUAGAGUCUGACGUCGAGAGAAUCGGCGAGACAUGGUAUCUACUGACGUCGCAUCUCUGGGCUUGCAUUUUGCAACUCGGGCUGUCAGUUUGGCUUCUUGAACGGCAGAUUGGCGUCAUCUGCAUCGCACCAAUCAUUUUGGCAAUAGUUUUCACUCUUACGUCACUGAGAGCAGCCGGGUUCAUGACGGCCCGACAAAAGCUCUGGCUCGAGGCUGUGCAGCGUCGUGUCAAUUUCACGGCCAAUGUGCUGAGCCACAUGAAGCAGGUCAAGAUGCUGGGCUUGAGUGACAAGAUGCAGCAAAUAAUCCGCGAGUUCCGCAUUGCGGAGAUCGAUCGAUCAAAAAAGUACCGACGCCUGUCAAGCUUCAACAUCUGCCUCCUGAACCUGCCCAGUACCUAUGGCCAACUUGUUACUUUUGCUGCCUUUGCAAUCGUAGCAAGAGUCCAACAUAGCGAUGCGUUCACCCUUUCGAAAGCAAUCUCCUCAAUUUCUAUUCUCGCAAUCUUGAUGGAGCCUCUUCAACAGCUUUUAUACUGUAUCCCCCAGAUUUCGGGCGCUCUUGGAUGUUUUGAGCGAGUCCAGUCGUUUCUCAACAGCGAAUCCUGGUGCGAUAACAGGCUGAAGCUGACUGGAAGUCCUGACCAACAUAUUCCAGCUCCACAGACCAAUUCUGGAAUUGAGCUCCAUCUCCUUCCAGUGGAGCACCGCCAUGAAUCAAUAGUCGUGGCCAACGCCACUUUCGGAUGGAAUGCAACGACUCCAAUACUUAAAGGCAUCUGCCUACAUCUAACCAGCGAUACCAACGUUACUAUGAUUACAGGACCCGUCGGCUGCGGAAAGUCGACCUUGCUGAAAAGCCUAUUGGGCGAAACAACUAUACACAGUGGCAGUGUAAGCCUCUCGUCCCAAGACGUCUCUUACUGUGACCAAUCUCCAUGGCUCUCGUCUGGAACCAUCCAAUCUGUCAUCAUCGGUGCAUCUGCUUAUCGUGAGAGACUCUACAAAGCAGUGGUUCAUGCAUGCGCCCUGGAUACCGACAUCGCGUCGCUGAAAAACGGCGAUCAAACGCAGAUCAGAGCUCAUGGAAACACACUUAGUGGGGGACAGAAGCAGAGAGUCGCCAUCGCACGAGCCCUGUUCUCUCAAAAACCAAUUGCCAUUUUUGACGAUGUCCUUAGUGGCCUUGAUCCAGUGACGCGAGAGACUGUAGUGACGCGUGUAUUUGGCCCCGAUGGACUCUUGCGAGAGCUUGGUAUUAUCGCCAUUCUAGCUACGCACACCACGGACCGGAUGGAUGUGGCCGACAAGAUUGUGGUCCUAGAUGCGGAAGGACGCAUUGCCAGCCAAGGGCCUCCUGAUAUAGUGGCAGAAACGUCGACGCUGGCCGCAGGUGAGACCACCGCGACCGAACCGAGUGCGAUGCCGCAAAGUCAAACCGAGGUACAGCCCGAGGAGGAGGAGGACGAAGUAAAGCAGCUACUUCGGCAAACGGGCGAUGUUUCUGUGUAUAAGUUCUAUUUCAAAUCCCUGGGCUGGAUGAAUUUUGCGACGUUUGCCUUGAUUGUUUCUUGCGAGGGAGCAUUUGGGACUAUGCUCUACGCGUGGAUUUCACUUUGGUCCAAUAGCGCAGAACGCAACAACACUGGCUACUGGCUGGGGCUCUAUGCCAUGUGGGCAAUCUUGAAGGGCAUUGGGCUGUUUGGAGCCGUCUACUUCAUCUACGUGGUGACUGUGCCGAGGUCAGCAAGUCAUCUACACGGCUCCGUUCUCGAGACCGCAUUCAGAGCGCCCAUGAGUUUCAUUUCUCCGACACCUACGGGUGUACUGGUGAAUCGAUUCAGCCAAGACAUGCGACUGGUGGACAUGGUACUCCCUGGCAACCUGGUUUCGACGUGCUUUAUCCUCAGCGGUUGCUUGGGCAUCGGCGCGUUGAUCAUUGUGGCUUCACCAUACCUCGCAGCCGUGUUGCCGUUUAUUGCUGGUGUGUUGUAUCUGCUGCAGCGCUUCUAUCUCAAAACAUCUAGGCAGCUUCGGCUACUAGAGCUCGAAUCAAAAGCACCAGUGACGUCCCAUGUAAUGGACACGAUCCGUGGAACAAUGACCAUUCGGGCGUACGGCUGGGAGGGCGUCCAUGUCGAAAAGCUGGAGAGGCUACUUGCAGAUUGCCAAAAGCCGUUUUAUCUCUUACUCUGCAUCCAGAGGUGGCUUGGCCUCGUGUUGGGGCUUGUGGUCGGUGUGCUGGCCGUGCUUUUGACAACGGUUGCGGUAACGGUACGAGGCAGUACUGCGAGCGCUGGAUUUGUUGGUGUUGCUCUUGUCAACAUGAUGAGUCUAAGCCAAACGUUGGUAGGGCUGAUUGAGCAGUGGACCAAUCUCGAGACUUCUUUGGGUGCUGUAUCGCGAAUCAAGAGCUUUUCAGAGGAUACUCCUCAAGAAGUCGAGCCAGAGGGUCGACUGGAAGCAGAGUGGCCGGGUAAUGGUGCAGUAUUGUUUGACAACUGGACGGCUGGCUACGCAGAUACCAUGGUGCUGCACGGUAUAAACAUGGACAUGCAGCCAGGCCAAAAAGUUGCGCUUUGUGGUCGCACCGGGAGUGGCAAAAGUUCGCUGGUGACAUCAAUUCUGGGCAUGGUGGACGGAACAGCGGGCCGUAUCGUGAUUGACGGAGUGGACCUUGCCACAGUAUCCGGCGAAACAGUACGCAAGGCCGUUACGUGCGUGACACAGGACCCGUUCCUCUUUGACGGUUCUGUCCGCGAUAACCUCGACCCAGCAAGGGGAAGCACAAUGGCCGGGAUUGAAGCGGCGCUGAGGCGUGUCGGACUGUGGCCAGUGGUAUCAAAGGCGGCGCUCGACAACGGGCUGCCAGAAGACCAAGUGUUGAACUUGGCAGCUGAAGAGCUGCACUUAUCGCACGGACAGUCCCAGCUCUUUUGUUUGGCCCGAGCAAUGCUACGAGACAGUCGGGUGGUGCUUUUGGAUGAGCCAACCAGCAGCGUGGACUCUGCCACAGAGCAGCAGAUUCAGGACAUAGUAGAGCGAGAGUUUAAACAGUCGACUGUGGUCAUGGUGACGCACCGGCUGUCAGGAAUACGGCGAUUUGACCGUGUGGCUGUACUAAAGGCAGGCGAGUUGGCAGAGUAUGGACCGCCAGACGAGCUAUUGGCCGAUGGUGAGAGUGCGUUGUCGGUAUUAUAUGAGGCUCAAGGGCGUGGAAAUGGGCCCAGUGGGAAUCUGGUGUUGUACAUGCAAGCGUGGAUAAUAGAGAGUAAUAUUGCGGACAAAUGA